CACAAAUCCGGAAACCUCCGUCGCCGCUGCCGGAGGAAAGAAGCGUCGGCGAGAGGAAGAGGAGGAAGUUGGUGGCAGUCACGCUGCUAAUGAAGAUGAAUGUUUUUCUCUCCGAUUGGGUUUUGCGGGUACGAAGAGGAUGAACUUACCUUUAGCGAUACUUCUGUGGCGCUUCGGAUGAUGCGGGCUCAGUUUCCUCGCAUUGACCAGGCUUCGGUGCCGCCAUUCAUAUUACAGUCGCAAUUGUACAGUAGCCUCAACGAUAGAACCCAAGUCGAUAGAGAACUUGAGCGGUUACGAAGGGAUAAAGCUGUUCGUGUUUUCAAACUCAACACUGGACAAGAUGAUCAUGCCAUCAUCUUUCUGGAUGACUAUCUUUACCAGGUGGAUCGAAUAGCAAAGAGGAUGGAAGAGAAUAAACAGAGUGAUACUGAUAUUUUCAAGUGGUUCAAAGAACAUGUCCUUGAUUCUAAACUCGAACCCAGUAUUGCACAUCAUGAGCUUUGUUCGCUCUUGGCAUUGGGCGGAAAGGUGAAGGAUGCGCACAUCACUCUCUUAAUCAACGCUGGCCUUCUCACACGCCAACUUAUCGAUCCAGACAUGUACUGGUUCGCCAUUCCCAGUAUUGGCAAACUGUGGAAGGCUUUACUGCAGGGAAGGAAGGAGCUACUCUCGUUGCUAAAGCGAAAGCGACAUAAAGAGAUGUUCUUGGCCGAGCUUGAAAAGAGACGACUCCGCUACUCUCCUCUUGAUAUGAGAUUUCACAUACGAGAUCUCAUUGGCUCCGGUCACCUCAAAACUUUUCAAACCACUUCUGGUUUGGUUGUUCGUGUUUCAAACGACUAACCCCUAUUUUGAUAUGGUAUACACAUCCACUUAAUGUUGUCAAUUCAUCCGAUUUAGCUCAUCAUCUUGUUAAGUGAAAUCUAUUUAUGGUUCAUGGAGAAGAACUUUUAAAGAGUGAAGCUAAAUCCAUACACGAUUGUUUUU